UUGCUUUAGGAUUAGCCUCCAUCCCUCUCGACUCCAAACAGUGGAAUUUGGCUGUGCCUUGGGUCGUCUUGCUUUGCAAUAUAGCCUAGAGUUGUUGGCAGUUUUCUGCUGAGGCUGAGCUGUUUGCUCCAGCCUCUGACUAAACUCAUUAAGUUGGGAGAUUUUUUUCAAUUGGACGGGUGUUUUUAAAGUCUCCUCUUUCCAGCCCCAAACAAGGUGUAACAACGCACUCUUCCUUCUAAGGAAAGAGAUGAGAGACAAGGAUCACUCCAGACAUCUCCUACCUACGGUUUGGGGUUUUUUUUCUUAAAGGCGAGGCUCGCAUUCCUCAGCAGCUAUGUACAAAGCUCCCUGAAGCCGUGUCUCUCUAAAGUUAGUGUGCAGGCUUGCCCAAGGCUGAGAGCGCCGGGUACACCGGGAAGCACUUCCUUGAGGUGGAAGAUCUCUCCCUUCACCUUUCCUCCUUUUCCCUGCAGGCUAGUGCCUACUUUUUAUCAGUUUGCACAAUCGCUUAGAUAAACACCGAGGAGGAGAGGCUCUUUAAUUAUCAAAGACACAUCUUUUCAGGGGGCCAACAAAGCGUUUAUUUCACCCGCCAAACUAAAGGAGAGUUAUUCCAGUUUAGAGGAAGAUGCAAGCGGUUUGGGACCUUGAACAAGGCAAAUAUGGUUUUGCCGUGCAGAGGGGCAGGAUGCCGCCCACCCAGCCGACCCACGGGCAGUUUGCGCUUACCAACGGGGACCCCCUCAACUGCCACUCGUACCUGUCCGGAUAUAUUUCCCUGCUGCUGCGUGCAGAGCCCUAUCCCACGUCGCGCUUCGGCAGCCAGUGCAUGCAGCCGAACAACAUCAUGGGCAUCGAGAACAUUUGCGAACUGGCUGCACGGAUGCUCUUCAGCGCCGUCGAGUGGGCCCGGAACAUCCCCUUCUUCCCUGACCUGCAGAUCACGGACCAGGUGGCCCUGCUUCGCCUCACCUGGAGCGAGCUGUUCGUGCUGAAUGCGGCUCAGUGCUCCAUGCCCCUCCAUGUCGCCCCACUCCUGGCCGCUGCUGGCCUGCAUGCUUCGCCCAUGUCUGCCGACAGGGUGGUCGCCUUUAUGGACCACAUACGGAUCUUCCAAGAGCAAGUGGAGAAGCUCAAGGCACUGCAUGUCGACUCAGCCGAGUACAGCUGCCUCAAGGCCAUAGUCCUGUUCACCUCAGAUGCCUGUGGUCUGUCUGAUGUAGCCCAUGUGGAAAGCUUGCAGGAAAAAUCCCAGUGUGCUUUGGAAGAAUAUGUCAGGAGCCAGUACCCCAACCAACCAACGCGAUUCGGAAAGCUUUUGCUUCGUCUCCCUUCUCUCCGCACGGUCUCCUCUUCAGUCAUAGAGCAAUUGUUUUUCGUCCGUUUGGUAGGUAAAACUCCCAUCGAAACCCUCAUCCGGGAUAUGUUACUGUCCGGCAGCAGUUUUAACUGGCCUUACAUGGCAAUUCAAUAAAUAAAUAAAUAAAAAUAAGAAGGGGGAGUGAAACAGAGAAAGCAAAGACAAAAGACUGGUUUGUUUGCUUAAUUUCCUUCUGUUAAGAAAGGAUAUAAAAGGAUGUUACAAGUUUGCUAAAAGAAGAGAGGGGAAGAAUUUAAUGGACUGUGAAUUUCAAAAAAAAAAGAGAGAGAGAGAGAGACUGUCAAAUGAACUUUUACAGAAUGCAUUAAAAAAAAAAAACUCCUGUGUCGGUCAGAACAACUUGCUACUUAUCAUUUUUUUGUAUAAAAAGGAAAUUAGUCUUUUUCUUUUUUGGUAAAUUUUUUGAAAAACAUUGCUAAAAGUGCAUUUAAGGAGAUUGGGAGAAAAUUAGCAGAAUGGAGAAAGUAAGUCUUUUUUUUUUUCCAAAUUAUUAAUUGUCCUGUGUCUAUGUACCUCUAGCUGUUCUUUUUUUUUUUUUUUUUUUUGUACUUUUCUGGUUCCAAACCAGCUUAUUCUGUGGUUCUAUAAUAAGUUUUGAUAUAAUCUUGGCUUCUUAAAAACUGUGUAUCAUUAAAAUAUAUGUUCUGCAAGAAUUAAAACUGAGUCCACGAAAAAUAUCAUAGGAAGACAUAAAACUUUAAAAGACAACUCAAAGAUGAUGGAAACGCACUUACAAGUGGUGGCCAAAAAUUUUAGAUGAAGUUGAGCACUCUAAUUAGCCAGCUGGAGGAACCACACACAACACUUAACAUCCCCUGCCCUGCCCCCCAAGACACCAUGACAAACCUAGCUUUUUAAAAAUAUUUUAAGAAAGAGAAUGAACUGUGGAAUUUAUUGGCAGCCAAGGAAUGUGUCCAAGACACAUGCUGAGGUUUUGAAUAAAAAGUGAACUUUUGUAAUUUGAAUUGGGUCCCCCGCUUAGUUCUUGAAUUGUUAUGAAAAUCCUAUAUCUGUUUGUAUAUUUGCAAGCCCUUUGUAUUAUAAUUGUUGAUAUUUCCCCUUUUUAAAAAAUACCAUUGAAAUCAGCAUGACAAAAUAACACUGUUGGCACUUAUAGGUAACGUGAUUGAGUCAGUAUCUUAGAGUUUACAGUUUGUGUUUUAAAAAAAACUGAAGGUUUUUUUUUAAGUGCAACAUUUCUGUAUACUGUAAAAGUUAUAAUAACUGAACUGUUUGGUCGAGUCUUUGUGUGUUAUAUUCCAAGGAAAAUUGAAAGUAUUCAGAAAUUAAAAUAUUAUUUGAUAUCUGAAUCCUGCUUGGCUGUCCCCACUCACUGUCUUUCCUUCGAGAAGAACCCCUGCGAGUUCUCCCUGAGCCGGCGGGGGAGGGGGCAUUUGUUUACUCCCCUCAAUCAGUUUGUCCAAAGGUAGAAUAGUGUAUUUGCCUGUUUAAUUUGGGAGUGUAUGGGGGAAGCUGAAGUCAAUGGUUUAUCCAUGGGUUAGGAAGUGCCACACUGAUAUAGUAAGCCACCCCCAUUCACCUAAUCCUCCUUUUAAUUAAAAAUGGAUUUUCUAGGAGAAAAAAAAAGGCCCUGAUAUUUGUCACACUUAAGUGCCUGCUUAGGGAAGGUAUUGUGGAAAGUAUUAGAAAUCUAGAGAUCAGUAUCUAUUUUAUGAUCAGAAAAAAAUACUCUUUUGUACAUUUCUGACAGUUAUGCAGAAGAUUGUCCAAGCAAGCUAACCACAGCAUUGUAAACAGAAGGCAGCUACUUGCAGUGAGUUUUUUCCUUAAGCAAGUGUGAUUUAAAAAACAUAUAUAUUUUGUGGUUCUCAUCUAGGGUGGUUGUUGAGAGGAUUUCAAAUACAAUGAUGUAGCUUCCAGCACCAAAGGGUCUGUUUCUCAUGUAUAUAUGAUAACUUGCAGUUGGCCUAUUUCCCCUCCCCCUCCCCUUUCCCUCUGUGAGAGCAUGACCACAGGUCAAGGGAAUCUUUUCCAUUGGAGUUAUGUACAUAAAAACACUUCGACAUUUGGACAUUUCAGAUUGUAUAGAUAUAAUCUGUACUGCUCUUGGAAUCCUUUGUCCUUAGAAACCAAAUUAAGAAAAAGAGAAAGAAGGAAGAAAACUUUACAGGGUGUACUCAUUUGGAAGUAGUAACUAUUUCUUUUGACCUUUUCUUGCCUUCUCUUCCUUUUUCUCUUUUCCUAGUUUAGAAAAAUCUUAGUGCUGGGAGCUUGCAAUUUGUUCUCAUUUACACUUCCCAAGCUGCCCUCCUUGAAAAUUCUGUACCAUGUGGUUUCAUCUUAAAAUGGGGAUGGGGAUGAUGAGGGAGGUAAAAGAAAAGGGAUCCUUUUGCAAAGUGUAUUGAAUUCUGAUGUUCAGUUCUAGUGAAUACAUGCAGACCUGAGAAGUCUGGAUGCCUUGGGCAUCUGAGCAUCUCUGUGUGAGCCCCCGGCUUCUCGCUGUAGAUAUAUACAUAUGUAAAUAUCAGUAUGUUUUACAGCACAGUAUCCUACCUUUAGAUGGAAGUUUGUUGGUUGGUGUUUAUUUUCUCCUCUUGCAAGUGCUACUCAUGUGAGUGUGUGAAGUUUCUCUACUAAGUAAAACACAGGCCCUCUCCCUUGUUUAUUUGUGUUAGCUUAUUGUAAACAGCCAUUUGUUGUAAAUUAUUAUUGGCAUUAAAUGAUAAUUUAUGAUUUUCAAAGCAAAA